CCCGCGCCCGCGCCCGCUCGGGGUGCGAGCGUCGGGGCUCAGGCGAGACCUUUGCUUGCUUGCAGGAGACUGCAUCCUCGAUUCGAAGCCAAGGGAGAUCUCUGAGCCCCAGCGCUUAAACUACGAACAGGUAAAACACGGGGGCGUUUCCUCGCGGCGAAUUCCGACGGCUGGCGUUUCAUCCUCGAACGUGAGUGACGCAAUGGCAGUCCUGCAUAAGCUCCAGACAGGCCUUGAUGUGAAUGUGAGGUUCACUGGGGUACGAGUAUUUGAAUACACGCCCGAAUGCAUAGUGUUUGAUCUUCUUGAUAUUCCGUUAUAUCAUGGGUGGUUAGUGGAUCCUCAGAUCGGAGACAUUGUGAAAGCCGUCGGUAACUGCAGCUACAACCAGUUGGUGGAAAAGAUCAUCUGCUGUAAGCAGUCAGACAACAGCGAGCUGAGGGAGGAAGGCUCCAUAGCAGAGCAGUUCCUCAGUAGCACAGCCACUCAGUUAACUUACCACGGCUUGUGUGAGUUGACGUCCACUGUUCAAGAAGGAGAGCUGUGCGUCUUCUUUAGAAACAACCACUUCAGCACCAUGACCAAACAUAAGGGCCAGCUUUACCUUCUGGUGACAGACCAAGGUUUCCUUACCGAAGAUAAAGUUGUUUGGGAAAGUCUACACAACGUGGAUGGGGAUGGAAACUUCUGUGAUUCUGAAUUCCACCUGCGACUUCCGUCUGAUCCAGAAACGGUAUACCAUGGGCAGCAAGAUCAGAUUGACCAGGACUACUUGAUGGCCUUAUCUUUGCAACAAGAACAGCAAAGCCAAGACGUCAAUUGGGAACAGCUCCCAGAAGGAAUCAGUGACCUCGAGCUUGCCAAGAAACUCCAGGAAGAAGAAGACCGACGGGCCUCGCAGUACUAUCAGGAGCAAGAGCAAGCUGCCGCCACUGCUGCCACAGCUGCUCAAGUCCAGCAAGCACAGGAUGCUGCCCCUCCCUCAGCAGGAAAGCAACUUGGGGGCACUGAGCGGAAAAGAAAAGAGCCUCGGGAGAGGGAAAAAGAGCGGGAGAAGGAGAAGAGCAGCUGUGCCAUUUUAUAGCGGAAGGAGGACGCUGGACCCCGGCACAAGCAAGGAAUCCGCCGGCCAGAAGCUCCCCCUGCCACCUGUGCCUGAGAAGCCCACAGCCGACGGCGUCCUAAGGAUCCUUCAGAGGGAUCUGGAUGGGUGCCUGUAGGGAUGGGAGGGUUGCGCACCGCAGGUAGGGAGACGAGUACCUCAGGAGUGUUGGUUCGCGUGCCCGUCGUGGCGAAGGAGCAGCUCACCGCCUGCCUCGCAGGGCUUCUGCCGAAGGCCUAUUUUAUAUGGUGUGCCGGAUGCACUGCAGACGGAGAUCUUGGCCCUGCACGGCCUCGUUGUGCAGUUUCUCUGGACUCGUGGGCUUUGCCCCUGAACGGGCUUCAGCUGAGUUUCCUUGGCUAACGUUACAAAGAACAGGAUUUUGGGAAUGUAUCGACCGUGCUGAUGUGAAGCAAGAGAAGGCAAGAUCCCAUCAGGACCAGGCUUUCCAGCUUUUAAUCAACUGGUCAGACUCUGCAGGGGAGCUGGUAACUGGGGCUGGGGGGAGAAUAGAGGAAGCUGAUGUUCUAAAGCGUGGGAUUAAACUUGCUUGAAACUUGCUUUCUUCCCCACCUCCCAAGAAGCGUCUAGUGUGAGUAAUGUGAAGAUGUGUUCCGUCACAUGCCUCGUCAAGUGAACUGCAGGUCGGUCUGUAUCUGGAUUGUUUCAGGACUUGGAUCUUAACUGCAUACGUGAGUGGGUCCUCUGGACACUAGUGGCACUUAUUUGUUCAUCCUAAAGAUGUGGAUGGGUUACUGUUUGCAGAAAGCCCGUCUGUACGCGCAGUUACCAUUGGGGGGGGAAUCAAAUUCUGUAAGCCUAGUAUAAACCAAUACGCUACAUGUCAUAGGAUAUAUAGGCUUCUGACUGGAGUACCUGUUGACUUUUACUCUUGCAAGGAAGGGGACAAUUACCAAGUUUCCCUCUCCAGAAGGGCAGCGACCUUCAUCCUUUCAGUAACUUUAUAUAUCAGUUUGCAAAUGCUUUAGGCAGCUUUUGCCGUACUUACAAAAAUUGGACUUGAGACUAGACUUAGGUAUUAAUAUACAAAUUUCAGUCCCAAGCCAACAUUCAUACAGAAUGUGACAAUCUCGCUACAGGGAAGAAGAUGAUUGAAAUGUCAUUGAAAACCUGUAGCUUAUUUUUUUUUUCCUGAAAUGAACAGUUGUUUGGAUGGAGUCUAGAUUAGCAAUGCAGUGACCAAUUUCUAACUCCUCCUGCCUUACAGCUGUUUAGAUACCCUAAGCCGGAGGACAAAAAAAAGCGGGGGGAAUAAAAAUUUAAUUUUAGCAACAUUAUUUCCACAGAUGAUGUUUGUGUUUACAUCUGCUGUGUAUGUGUUCUCUUUAAGUAUGAAAUGCUCGCCUUUGACCAUUAAGCUAAAAUAUAAAUAGCACACGUAAUGGUUUUAUGCAGACCUAAAUUUACCUUGUAUCAUGUUAGAGCGAUAUGUAAGCAUCUCUCUUAUACAUUUCCAAAGUAUCUUACUUCAGAUGUGCAUAUUAUCCUAACCUAUUUUAGACUGGAGUGCCAUCCUGUUAUUAACUUUAAUUUAUACACUACCACUGCAGUUAGAGAUUUAUUUUUAGAAAAAAAAGCUGUUUGUUUACAUGAAGUGUAAAUUUGUACCUUUCUGUUUUUACAUGCUACAUUUGAGAGUUAUGAAAUACACAAACCUAGCAGAGAAAACACAGGACCACUGUUAGUGGUUUGCUUUAGUCACACGCCAUAAGUGACAUUCUGAGAGCAGAAUGGGGAAGCGUGCCUCCUUGCAUGCUCACGCCGGUUCCAGAAUGGCGUGAGGGGUUGUCUUCUUCAGGCGGCUGGCCUUUAAGUGUCUCUGCUCUAGUGAUGGUGAAGCAUGGCGUCUCAUAGACAGUUCUCAGGUAGAGAAGUGACUUCCUCUCAUCAGAAGGGCAGCUCUCUCACUCCAGUGAUCAGCAGCAGCCGUUUAGCUGAAUCCCGUGUCUUACAAGCCCAGCCUCCCUUGUCAUAGCUUGACAGCUUUUGUUAGGAAGACUUGUUGGGCGGUAGCCAUGCAGGUAUUGGUGGCACAAAGGGGGUCUCCGCAUUCUCAAACGGCGUUGCCCUGCCCUGCUUGUUGAGUUGGUUCUGCAGCUGGAGGGCACAGUAGCUGAGGCCUUACUAGCAUACUCCACAUUGUCUACCUCCCCCCAAAAUUACUGUAAGUCGCCUUUUUAUUUCUGCAGAAACUGAAGUUUUAUUUUUGUGCUUGCUUCUGGGGGAUGCCUGCCUUACGCCUGAGCUUUUAGCCUAGUGCAGCAAGCCCUGCCUCUGAGAGAAACCGCCAUUUCUUUGGAAGGACUUCGGCACCGAGGCCGUAUUGGGGCUCACCCGUGUAGCUUAUGGGAGCGAAUACCAGCUGAGGGCCUCUACUGUGGCGAUGCACAUAAAAUGAAGUUCAUCAACACAACCCUUGAGCACUGCCAAAUAAUUUUAUAAUUUUGUAAGGUGUUGCUGAAAAAAACCCAAAUCAUGCCAAUUGUGCUAGAAACCUCUGAGUUGAUCGCUUGGCUCUUUCCCGCAGCAGUUUUUUCACCUCAAUUCUACUGAUACCUGUAGAGAACGAGCACCGUGGGAUGCCCGUAUGAAUGGAAAAGGAGAAUGAAAAGGGAAGCAGACAUUUGGUCAACUCAGCCUGGGACUUAUUCUGUUCCACCAUCCAUUGCAGCACAUGGGCCAAAAGCAGCUUCCGUUUGGCUUCGUGGCUGCAUCCAUGGCCUUCUGCUUCCAGCAGGCUAGCCGUUACCUGCCACGGUUGGACGCAACACACAUUCAAGCUUCAGGCAGCAUUUUCUUCAGUCCUCCAUAUUUAUGGAUUGCUAAGUUAUGGCUCAGUCACAAGACUGUUUUUAGCAAAUCAGAUACUUUGCAUGGAUUUACACUGUGAUCAGCGAAUAGCUGCUUUCUGUUGAAUACUGUCAAUAUUCUUUGAUGUCUUGAGCUGACCCCUGUUGCUAGUCUCACUGUUGUCUAAUUUUUAUAUAUAUUUAUAAUUUUUAACAGACUUAAGUGACUUCCUCAUGUAAUAAAAAUUGAUUCAAGUUCUAACCUUUGUGUGGUAUUUGAGCAGAGAAACCAAAGCUAAUCUGUCCACUCUUUGUGGCUGCAUCCGGUGUCCUCUUAAAAGAAUUUCUCUGCUUUGGCCUACACCUUCACCAGAUUAAGACUGACCUGGCCCAUAAACAGAUCCAUACUAUUCUUACUGACCCCCAAUCAAUAUGCAAGAUCAACUCCAUCCUGGGCCAAAUCUCAUCCUAGUUUUCAACCAAUCAGCUUCCUCACCUUCAUCCAACUAUGCAAAGGAAAGUGAGACGCAGCCCAAGCUGCAGAUCUACACCUAAGCAAUUCUUUGUAUGUUCCCAUUUGCUAGCUCAAGGUCACUCAGCUGGAGCUUAAGCUAGAAACCCACUUUUCUGCACAGUGAAAGCUGAAGAUUAUCCCUCCAGUCACUAACAAAAGUGGUUCAGUACAGUACCUGGGCAGGAAUAUGCUAAUAUCCAGCCUAACUUAUUUAAAAUGCCUCCAAAGUGAGGAAAAGUAGCUAUGUUAAA